CCAGCCCCAGUCUCCAGCACAUGGGAGCACCUGCUCUAGGACACGGGACAGCCCUGGGGUCCCCUGGACCCAGACGUGGGUAGAGGCCAUUCGGAAAACCGUGGACAUCCUGCCCGAGCCAUGGACACCUGUGAGGAACCGCCCACUGUCUCCUUGAUGCCCACCUAUUCCAAAGGCCCUCAGGCAAAGAUGUCUGCCCAGGAGAGCUGCCUCAGCCUCAUCAAGUACUUCCUCUUCGUCUUCAACCUCUUCUUCUUCGUCCUGGGCGGCCUGAUCUUCUGCUUCGGCACAUGGAUCCUCAUCGACAAGACCAGCUUCGUGUCCUUUGUGGGACUGUCCUUUGUGCCGCUGCAGACCUGGUCCAAGGUCCUCGCCAUCUCAGGUGUCCUCACCAUGGGCCUGGCCCUCCUGGGUUGUGUGGGGGCCCUGAAGGAGCUGCGCUGUCUUCUAGGCCUGUAUUUCGGAAUGCUGCUGCUCCUGUUUGCCACGCAGAUAACCCUGGGAAUCCUCAUCUCCACUCAGCGGGUCCGGCUGGAGAGGAAGGUGCAGGAGGUGGUGCUACAGGCUAUCCAGAGCUACCGAGAAAACCCGGAGGACACAUCGGCUGAGGAGAGCUGGGACUACGUACAGUUCCAGCUUCGCUGUUGUGGCUGGCACUCUCCGUGGGACUGGAUCAGCGCGCACGUGCUGAGAGGGAACGAGUCCCAGCCCCGCGUGCCUUGCUCCUGCUACAACUCCACAGCGAGCAACUACUCCACGGUCUUCGACGAGCCCUUCUCCCAGCUGAGCCCGCUGGCGCCGCGCGCCAGUCCCACGCAGAGCUCCGACCCGUGCUCGCUCCCCAGCAGCGCGAACAUCUACCGCGAGGGCUGCGCGCAGAGCCUCCGGAAGUGGCUGCACAACAACCUCAUCUCCAUCGUGGGCAUCUGUCUGGGCGUCGGUCUGCUCGAGGUGAGUGGAAUGGUGCUGUGUCUGCAGCUUCAGCGCAAAGCGCUCCGUCGGGAGCCCGCGCUGCAGUUGCCGGGUGCCGAGGGUUCGAGCCCCGCGCCCGCCCAGAGCGUCGACGGCAGCGGGCGGAGCAGCAUCCCCUGGGGCAGCCCACCAUGGCCCACGUGGGGCGACAAGGCCCCGCUGGGCAGGCUGCCGAUGGCGCUGGGGCCCUGGACCUUUGGGGAUGCGGAAGAGGAGCUGCCGGAGACCGAGAGCGCGGGCGCAGAGAUGGACUGCGGGACCCAGGGGGAGAUUACCGCGCCUGCAGAAUAAAGGACCCGAGGCUGGCCUCCGAGCGUUCUUCUUUGCAGACUGCCCACCAGCGAGCUGCCCUCUGCAUGCCCUCUCCCGGGGGCCUCGGGGCGUCCCGUUUCCUUUCUUCUCCAGGCACCACCCCCCCUCCUCCGUCCCUGACCGCGUCUCCUCUCUCCCCAGCUCGGCUUCAUGACGCUCUCGAUAUUCCUGUGUAGAAACCUGGACCACGUCUACAAUCGGCUGGCCGGGUUCCGCUAGGUCCCGGCCUGCCCGGGCCCUGCAGCCCGGAGCCGGAGCCGCGUGCAGCGUGCAGCCCGCACGCCUCCCUGCCGCCCGCACGCUCCCCGCCGCCCAGGAGCCUGGUGUCUCGCGCCUCGCGCCUCAUUCCCUGGAAACUCAGGCCAUCACCUCCCCCGCGGGCCCGGGGCUUCUGUCCCCAGCUUCCUACACCCCACACACCAUCUGUCAGUCUGCCGCUCUCCACAUGAUCAACCUCAAAUAAAUCCCCUACGUUUUAGUAAAAAUA